GUGUUUCACUUCACUAGAGUAAGCUACUAAAGCCUUCCCGGCCGGUGAACUCUCCAUCAUCUAUGCCGACCUUUCCUCUGUAGAACCUUCGCUCUUAAUUGCGUUUGUUGGAAGGUGGUCCUCCUUUAACACCAUCAAAAGAGCACAGCUGCUACCUUCAAGAUGGCCUAUGAAAUGACUGAGCAAAAAAGAGUUGGGUUGGGUCUGAUUGGUUUUGGCAUCUUUUUCACCUUCCUUGGUGUAAUUCUUUUCUUUGACAGGGGUUUGCUUGCUUUGGGGAAUAUAUUUUGGUUGACAGGGGUAGCCCUUCUAAUCGGUUGGCGUUCUACAUGGAAUCUAUUUAGUAACAGAGCAAAUUAUAAGGGUUCUAUCUCUUUUCUUCUUGGGCUUUUUCUCAUAUUUGUUCGCUGGCCAAUAGUUGGUAUAAUCUUUGAAAUAUAUGGUUAUAUUGUUCUCUUCGGUGGAUUUUGGCCUUCUGUCAAGGUGUUUCUCUAUCAGAUCCCUGUAGUGGGAUGGAUUCUACGGUUCUUUUGAUCUGCUUCUUGAUCACAUCUGGAGGAGCAUUGGUUGAAUGGUUGAGGCUCUCUGAUGUCUGUUCAUGAACUGUUGGAAUUUCUGUAGUUGUUGUGGUUGUCUUCUAUUUUCAGCAGCUUGACAUGAUCCUAAAACAGCAGGGAAGCUUCAUAGCAAUCAAGAAUCUGUUAUCCUGGCAAGAAGUAAAAGGCAAAGCAUCUGCAAAGGGUGCAAAACACAGUAAUCGUAAGAAGCAACUUUCCUUUUCCUUUAAAAGUUCAACACUCACAAAUACUUCUGUAACAUAGGUUCUUAAGCUUUUCUGUUAAUGCAGCAUAAUUUGAGCGCAAUGGGUUAUCGAAGAACUAACAAAAUUCUAUCCCAUUUCUUCAUAGCUUUUCACCAUCAAUUCUGUAUUAUAUUUUAGAUUCUUUAUUGAUUGCUGAAGGAAAACCACCCUUGUAAGCCUUUUAAAAGAUCAAAUGGAAAUGGGAAAAGUAUAUCACCCUUUGAAGAAAAA